CGCUAACCGUCCUUGCCAUAACCUUGUCACUGGUGCUUGUGCUCAUAUACCGUGUCGUGUGUGCUUGAGUGCAUGUGUGCCUUUUCCCGCUGAUUCCACUUACAGGGUUAUCAGCUGGGAAGAUGAGUUCAGAGCACGGUGGAGGUGGCGGACUAUUGAAGAGUCGAGCUGAAAAUUUUGCCCGACACCUACAGACGCGUCUUUGUAACCUCAAAGAGAAUGAGGACUCUAGCUGGAGUGACCUCAACUCCUCAUCAGAUACAGAGGUCUACUAUGACAUCAACUCUUCACUGGACAGCCCAGAAGAAGAAGUGGCAGAACCGAUCUUCAUAGCCUCGAAGAACCGUGCAACAUAUGCUCUGGAGAGGAGUGACUCGGCCGGCUCUCAGUACUUCGACACGGUAGAGAAACCUGAGGACCUUUCGCCAGGGAGCCCGGUUCCCUUGAAAAAGAUACCGAUCCUUCACCUGAAGACUGAUAGGUCUUCGAUGGUCACGAAUGGACACAUGAACCUUAUCGAUGCAGAUUCAGGAUGCAGUAGAGUUAGAGAAAUACCUUAUCUGAAGUUGGAAGAAGACGCUUGUGAAACUGAUAAUGCAGAAGUUAGCUCUGACAGUUGUUUUCCGGAAAACGGUAAUGUAGAGUUUGAAAAGUCAGAGGUUAAUCCUUGUGUAGUGAAUUCAUGCAAUGCAGAAACAGUGGAAGUCGACACAAGGCAAACUGUGGAUGAUCUUCCGAUCGAAAUUGCUGAAGAAGUUUCAGAAACUAUGGAUAACUCUUUCUGUGUAUUCUGUGACAUAGAACAGAUAAAAUCAUGCAUUACGAGCAGCUCGCCAGAAACCGAUGCAUCAACUAAAGGAGAUUUAACAAACAGUCAUUGUAAAAUGAUCGAACUCAAGGAAAAAUCUGAAAAACUUCAUCUUGAACUUCUUUCAACGCCCGAAACAAAUAAUAACAGUGAAGUUGUUGCAGAAAUCGAAGAUGCUGUUUCAUUGGCAGACCUUCUCCAGGUACUUAAAAAAGAAAUUUCUAAAGAAGAUCAACAAGAUACAGCAAAACCAGCGAUGGUAGAUGAUUGUGAUUCAGUUUUUCCCAUUAUAGAAGUGAGGGAAUCAUCCCCGUCCGUGGUGGAUGCAAAGGUCAAAGAUGAUGAAGAGGAAUACGAUAUAGAAACAAAAAGAAAAAAUUUCAGGAGAUGUUCUUCAUUAAAGAGUGGUAAAACACCCCCCGGUACACCAGGCAGAAAGAAGAUAGUCCGGUUUGCUGAUGUUCUUGGCCUGGACUUGGCCGACGUGAAGACUUUUUUGGAUGAAGUUCCGACUGUCCCGAAAUCUGCCUUUGAAGAUCUUCAUGGCAUUGAGAUGUCAUCAUCACCUGUGACCGAGUCUCCCAUAGCCACUGUGACAGUGGUAACCCCCCAGCCGGAGAAGAUCCUGGUAAUUCUCUUCCAGCAACCGAGUGUCCAGCCCAACUUCCUCGACAGAGUGAGAGAGAACAACGUCUGUCUAGAAAACGCUUUCGUCAGCGACACAUCACUUUUUGCGAUCUCGGGAUUCGUUCGCGUCAAGAACAUCGACUUCCAUAAGAGUGUUUACAUCCGUUACUCCAUCGACAACUGGCGGAGUUUCUCCGACUUGCAAGCUAGGUACGUUCCGGACUCUUGUGAUGGGUUCUCGGACAAGUUCGCCUUCAUGCUGUACGCUCACACACUCAAUGUCGGCCAGAGGUUGGAGUUUGCUGUGCGUUUCCACGCGGCUGGGGCACAGUUCUGGGACAGUAAUGGCGGUGUUAACUACGCGUUCGAGUGCACCACUCAUGGACCUCCCCGGACAUACGUAGAUCCCAACAUACCUGCUAGUCCCGUGGAGACGUGGGCGUCGUUUUACUGAAACACGAUCUUCCCUCACGAGUAAAAACUAAGUCAUAGCGUAUAAGUACAAUAGUUGGCAGUUGAAUGUUGUCUUUUUACACUUUAAAUGUUUUAAAUAACUAUUUUGUAUACAGUUGAUGUUUUAAUGUACGAAAAUGUUCCUCAUAUUAGUAAUCGUCUUUAGUUUUUUUUGUAGUGCCCAGUAGAUUCUAUCUUUGUAGGCCUAAAGCCAAACAAGACAUUGACUGAGUUUCAAACGUUUAGGGAAAUAAAAAUAACUUUGGAAAUAGUAGUCUACAUUUUAACCAAUUAAAAGUACAAACACACGCUUAUUGAAAACACAAUCUGAUUGUCAUCAUACGAGAUAAAACAUAUAAUAGCGGAGCACUUUAUACUUUAUACAAAUCACUCUUUCAACUGAAAUUUCAAAUUAUUUAAAAAAAUGAAAAUACAAUAAAAUUUGUUAUACAUUCAUUUUAUAUUACACAUUUCGACUAAUUUAGUAUACUAUUUCCAAAACAUUACUCAUUACUACUAUUAUUAUAUAAUAACAGAAUUUUAGUGUGAGAAAAUAUUUUUAUACAACUUAACGUAAUUCACUUGAAACAAUUUUAUAACACUAAUAAAUUUUGCCCUUAAUUGGUGUAAAACUUCGUGGGUUUUUUAACACUUCAACUUAGGCGCUUAAAGAAAAAGCUCUAAUAAACUAUAUUUUUUAUUUAUACGUACCCAAAUCUGUUUUCAAAGAUGCAAUAUAUAACAGUAUCUUUAUACAGUCCAAUAUCAACGCAUUGUAUGCUAGAAACAUAAAUUUAGUUUAAUAUCGGAUUAAUUAGUCUGAUUUCCAACGUGUUUUAUUCUUUUAUUUCGGAAACCUAAUUUUAAAACACAUUUUAACAUUACACAAGUUUUAUCAAUAAUAUUAUAAUAUUGUGCUCUAAUAUUUUAAUACGUCAAUUGUUUGAGAAAUUAUUUGAAAAUUUAUCUAUUUAGGCUAUACCUUUGUUGCGUUUUGAGUUGUUUCUGAGAUUAAAUUUAAACUUUUUAUUUCCUAUCGAAAUAACCAAUAAUAUUAAUAGAUAUUAGUUUUUGAUUAAUGGUAUUGAAAAGCCUAAAUGGUUGAAAUAUGCACAAUAACAGAGUAGCCUAAGUAAUUGAUGUGUUUUAUUAUAAAUAUAAUCAUGAAUAAAUUACAUUGUUUUUGUUGACAAAGAAGGAUCUUGCAGGAUAAGGAUGUGUUUUUAAUUGAAAUAUUAUUAGUAGAUGUACAACUGGAUAAACGUGUGUUUCAAAAUGUUUAUUGUUAAUCAACGGAAAAUUUUGAUAGACCACCAAAAAGGUUAUACAUUUUAUUCUAGUAAUUUACAACUUUUACAUUAAAAGCUUUUAAAAUGGGUAACCGAACAUUCAGUUAUAUAUUUUACAAAACAAAUAAAAAAACCCCAUAACUUUUGUAUAACCGUAAACAUUUACUGGAGACAACUUUAUGAAAUAAUUUCUUUAUUGUACCAAAGUGAGUUUUAAUAAUAACAAAUUAUUAAUUAAAAAAGAGAAUUGAUGUCUGCAAUUUUAAAAGCCAGUAGACAACAAAGUGCUGAUAAUAAUAAUUACGAUGUUAUCUUUCGAGAACACGAUAAAAUGUAUUACCUCAAGUACUUCAGAUGAACCGAUAAACUCAAUUGACUAAUCUUCUUUUCAAUACAUCGUGUUUGCUGAUAAGCAAACUAACUUUUCGAACAAAGAAGACUUAAAAAGUUACUAAAAUACUUAUGAAUUUUAAAAAUAUUUUGGAACGCCUUUCUCUUUGUAAAACUGUGACAACCUACUUUUGAUUGUCUUGAAAUGGUUCUUAUAGCUUGAUAAACAAUGAUUGAAUGAACCAAUUCUAGUUCAAUUGAGUGUUUCCUUAGCUUAUCUUAUCAAGGGCCACCGACCCUACUGGCUCUGUGCAUUUUCCCACAGCCUGACUAGCCGGUGUUAUUGUUUGUUUGUGAAAUUUUAUCAGUCAAGUAUAGCCCGAUAAUGACUAGUGGCCUCUCCAAUUUCUCAGCCAAUUUCAGUAAAAUGUCAUAUUUUGUAAUAAAACGGCUCUUAUUUAGAAAUUGUUAAAAGUACUUGUGAAUUGUUCAUUUUUUAAUUCUGUUAUAAAACUUUAGUUUCUUGUCAGUAAAAUCAGUGUAAAUUUGUACAAUCUCAUAAAUUUGCCGACCUUUUGAAGAUAUUUCAUUAUUUGUCUUGCUUUAGCCAGGUUAUAUAGUUGGAUAGUAAACUUUUAGCAUUAUAGUAAAUUUUAGCCAAGUUCCUGAAAUAAAUUCUAUUUGUUUAAUUCAAAUACGAUUGUUCCUUAAACAGAUAUUAAUUUCAUGGUCAAAAUAGAUGGUUUAUUUCUCAAAAUUCUUUGAAUAUACAUUCAAAUAAUAGAGCAAAGCAUAAGAAAUACAAAUUUAUUGCAUUUAAAUAUGACAAUAAUUGUUAUUAUGGGUUUUUAUGGAGUUUAUAUGCAGUAUAAUAUUAAUGUCUCUUGAGAAUAUUUACUUUGUUAGAUAUAAAAUCUAUUUCGAAUUUGAAAAAUUUCACCCAUGUUGCAUAAUAUGACACCUUUUAGAUGGUUAUCAAUUGAUAAUUAACUGACUAGUAAGCAACAUUAUCUACAUUUUAUGGCCUAAAUUUAUUAAAAGCGGCUUUGGGGAUAAAAUGUAAAUUUGUCUUGAUUCUUUUUACAUGAUAUAGUCUGUUUAAAUUUGCUUGAGCUUUUAGGUUUUACAGAACUCAUAGGAUAUACGAAAACUCUUAACCUGUUUUCAUCAAAACAAAUUGUACAGACCUUCAUGCAGAUAAAAUUAAGGCAACUGAAAAUCCCAAGUUAAAAAAAUCUCUUAAGUAACAAUAUAAAUUUGGGAGUCUGCACCCAUUAUUUGAAUGUAUUUUACUAGUAAUUACAAAUUCUUAUUUUUAUUCUUCUCAGAAAUUCAAAUCUGUUGAGAAAGCAUGUGUUAAUAUUGAAUAAAAUGGAAUUUAUUUCAAGAUAUCAGCCAAAAUCUGUUAUUUCAUUCUUUGCUUACUAUUAAUCAAUGAAAGGAUUGAACAACAUUUAAUUUCCUCAAAGUGUAGGAAAAAGUGGGGAAAAGACAUUGUGAAAAAUGUUGCUAUAACAUAUAAUGGUAUCAUAGUUUAAUCUAGAUUUUCAAUGGAUAUUGAAAAAAAAUUGUGGGGCUAUUUUCAUUACGCCCAGUUCUUUACAAUGUUCUUUACUUUUAUUUUUCCAUUCGUUUAUUCAAAUGACUUUUGUUAAGAAGUUGCAAUACAUAAUAUUAACCCAAAUGGAACCUUUUUAUAGAAGGUUUUUAUUCGUUAAUUCAGAAUACUUUAUCCAGUUACAGUAAAGUUAAACAAACGUAAUUUCUCUUAAUAUAUUUUGUGGUGUGCAUGAGGUGCUUAGAAACAGAAAAUUUGUGAUAAAAAUAGCAUUUCAAUUUGUAAUUUGCACAAAUUAUUGUUCACAAUAACAAUAUGUAUUACCCAAAGACCAAAUUUGCCCUUAAAGAGUAGAAAACAAUAAUUUCACUUGUACAUGAAAUAUGUGUGAUAGAUAUUUUUGUAACGAAAUUGUAUAUUAUGUGUUAUUAAUAAAUGUUUUAUUAUCGUAAUACUUGUACUUUUGUGGAUACGUGUAUAAAGUAUAGAUGUAUUAUAUAAAUAUUACAUUACAUAUGUAGAUAUAGGCUAGUAUUGGAGACCGAUGAAUAUUGUAGCUAUCGAAUUUGUAGCAUUACUAUUGUGGAUAACAAUUUCAUGUAAAUUUAAAUGAAUUGUAGCAUUAAGAGCAAAAUCUAUUAUCGUUAGUACCUACGUUUAAUUUUCUGGUGCUAUGGUCCUAAUAAAAUUCUAUUUUCACCUGCAUCCCGAAAAUGUAAAAGGGUACUUGAUUUUAAUAUUAUAAUUUAUGUGCCAAUUUAUGUUUCAAUUUGCAAUUUCGCUGAUUAUUUUUUGUAAAUAAGUCGAAUUUUUUCUUAUUAGUUUAGUUUAGUACUUAGUGCCAAUAAUCUUCCGUAUAUAUUUUCAGUAGUCAGCUGUCGAUAUUUAAUUGUUACUAAAUAUAAUAUUUUUAUAACCAAUUAUCGAGUUUACAACGAUUAAAACAGUAAUGUUUAUUGUAAAAUUUAAAAAUCUUCGUACACACACCUUUAAUAUACAAUCCAAUGCCUUUAUGAACAGCGAACAGUCCAAUUGGAAGGUAAUCUUGUAGCUACUGCCAAUAGAGAAAAUUUAGUUUUAUAAUGAAGUGUACAUUUAUUUUUAUAGUUAAUACGAGUGACUGAUUAAUGUUAAUAUGACAUAUGGCAAUAAAGGAACACAAAAUGGAGACGCCGGUUACUUGUCUGUACGUACCUGAUUUUUGAGAACUGAAUUGUUACGAAUAAAUAAAGAUGCCUGUUUA